UGACCUUGAGAAGUUUUUUAAAAAUUUUUGUACGGAAGGUACUUGAAAUAUAUGUAUAUAUAUUUAUAUAUAUAUCAAGUAAACACACGUGGUAUUUACAUGUUAUCAUAACCUAUUUUUAUUUGUAUAAAAAAAAAUAAGUAAAUAAAAAUAAAUAUGAACGAAAUAUUAGAUAACAAUUUUAUAAAUAAUUAUGAUAAAAUUAAACUGUCAUUAAAAAAUGCCGCUUUUAUUGCAAUCGAUGCCGAAUUUAGUGGAAUUAAGGAGGAAAAUGUUGCCGAUUUAUCAUUAUUUGAUACGAUGCCACAGCGAUACAAAAAAUUGCGCGAAAACAUCGAUUCGUUUAUCGCAAUCCAAUUUGGAAUAAGUACAUAUAAAUAUAUAAGAGACGAUAAUAAAUAUGUCGUUGACACAUACAAUUUUUAUUUGUUACCGAGACAAUUGCCGUUUGAUGACAGGCAAUUUCUGUGGCAAGUUGGAGCACUCGAGUUUCUAACGAGACAUAAUUUUAAUUUUAACAAGCUAAAUUAUCACGGGAUAUCGUACCUAGAUGAGGAGAAGGAAAAGAAACUCCGGGACACAUUGAAAGUAAAUGAUUAUAUAAAUAAUUACGCAAUAUUUUCAAAUAGCAAUGACGAGUCGGUAUUUUCUACGGCGACAAGUGAUGUGGCGAAAUGGCUGAAAGACUCUAAAUCUGAGAGGUCUAUUGAACUUAAAUGUAACAACAUCGCGCAGCAGUGCUACAUCCAGCGAGAGCUGAGGUCGUCGUUCAAAUCCAUAUGGACUGAGUCGAAAGACAAGCUGACUAUUCUGGUCAUUAAAGUGGAUGCUCAGACUAGAGAAGCUCUAGAGGAAGUCGAUAAUAAUAGUCUGGAGAACAAGAUUAUCGAUUACUAUUUAGGGUUCACCAAAGUCUUCAAGUUGCUGGUCGACUUGAAGAAACCCAUUAUUGGGCAUAAUGCCCUACUUGAUCUCAUGUUUGUUUACAAACAAUUUUACCGGCCGUUGCCUAGCAAUUAUUUUGAGUUUAAAAAGGAAAUUCAUAAAAUUUUUCCGUGUAUUUACGAUACCAAGUUUAUUAGCUAUGAGUUGAAGAGGAAAUUAGAUACAGAUUCCUUGAAGUCAAAUAUACUCCAAGAAUUGUAUCAUUUCUUCAUCAGCGCUGGACACAUACUAGUGGUAGAAUCCCCGAAAAUCGAAUUCUCGGAGCCAGUAAAUUUAGACAAAGAAAUAUAUCACGAUGCGGGCUGGGAUUCCUAUUACAGUGGGUACUGUUUUAUAAAAACAGCUUACGUACACGCGAUUAAAAAACGCGGACUCCGUGAUGGGUUAAUAGAACUGACCAACUCGGAAAUUUUUUAUGGAGUCCACGAGUACGUUAAUUGCGUUAAUGUUAUUCGCGCCGACCUUUCUUACAUCAAAUUAGACGGUCCAGAUCCUAAAUCAACGCGGCCUCCUUGGCUUAAUAUCCGGACUAAAAAAAUAUCCCCAAUAAAUAUAAGCGAGAUCUCCGCAGAACUUUCACCGUUUGGAUCUCUGGCAAUAAAACCUCACACCAGAGAAAGUGUUUUGGUAGCGACGUCAAAUUACCGAACGGCGAGAGAAAUUCUGGAUCAUUUCCAGCGGAGCAAAGAUUACCGCGUCGCUCUCUAUAAUCCACUGAGACAUUCAUUAAUAUCGAAAUCAAUUAUUUGGAGCAGCUUCGUCCUGUCCAGCGGUUUACUGACCUGGUUAAUUCAUUCCAGGAUCACUAGAUCUUAACAAACGUUUUACAAAAUGGAAAUAACGGUCUCCAGAUUAGUAUUACUCAAUAAAAAAUAAGUUGAACAGUAAUAAUAAUAAUAAUUUGCAACGUUUUUUAAAUAAGAAUAAGCGGUACUCUGUUUUCCGAUAUUUCAAAAGUUUUCUCUGGCCGCAACUCAAGGCUACCCCUCGAAAUAACACGCUAGCUAUUUUGUGUAGGCGUUUUUUAGCUCUGCCUUGCUGUCUCAGUGUCUUUGUCCACGUAACAGAGAUCCAUAAACCAUGAGAUUGUCAAUUCAAUGCAGCCGGUGAAAAAUAGUUUGUAAAAAAACUAUUUAAAUCUAAAAUAUCUAAAAAAAAAAUAUUUAAUCUUUCUGACAGUUUUCGGCUCAUCACUUAAAUAUUUCAGUAGUUCACACAUGUCAAAUUAAUUCGAUAGCUGACGUUAAGAUGUUAAUAAUAAUAACCACUAAAAUCUACCGGUUUAAUUUUUACUCGUGAGCUUUAAUUUGUCUCUGUCUCUUAUUUUUACUGAGCAUUUAUUCAUUUUUAUUACCCGGUGAAAAAUCAUUUUUAUAUUUUAGUUUUUUUUAUACCGAGAUCUAUAAAAAUUCAUGAUCAAAAGUUUUUUUAUGGAAUCCGGAAAUUUUUCCAGUUUGAUUUUUUUUUAAAUCUCGAUCUAUACAGAUCUUAAUAAUUAAAAAAUUGGAUCCUAGAUCAAAGCAGAAUGAGGGAUUGAGGCCUCCGUGAAAUUUUUUUUCCGGUAAUUCGUCAAGCGGCGAAUCAAAGAAAUGAACAAAAAAAACUUCUGUACAAAGUAGCCUCGAGUUUCCUAUAUCCAACUGGCAAAGCUCGUCGAUAUGAAAAUACCUCCGCGGAUUUUCGCUACCAAAUGUUUCGAAAUUGUCGUUGUCUUUCUCGUCGACGGCUUUAAUGUCUGCGUAAGUUAAACUUACUUGGAUGAGGGUCAUCAGCGAUAUUUAUCCUCGUAAAUGCACCUGUCGUUUGCCACCACCAGCAGCACCUCCACCAGCAUCAUCUUGAUAAAAAUGAAAAAGCCCAGCGACUAAAUCAUGAUUAAUCGACGCAGACGUGUGGGCGGAACACUUUGAACUUGGCGGGUAUGAAUGACGUUAUUGAGCAAAAUAAUAAUAAAGUUAUAAAAUAUUAAGCGUUUAGUUGCAUUAGUCUCUUGCUUACGCUUGUAGUUAUUAUGCUAAAUAAUUUUCCGGAGGCAGGAGGCAGCGGCAAGUCUUGUAAGUGUACUCAAAUAAAUAAAAACACGUAUAGUAGGAAAGAGAAAUUCUAUUUUUGGUUCAUAAGCUGCUGCUGGUAGAAAAUAGCAUAGCCUAGCCCCUGGCCUAGAGCGUAGGCUUGACCGGCUACUUGGCCGUAAGACGGGACAGCUACAGAUCCGAACCUUAUUCUGCCCCGGUGAUGACGUAUCG